UGUCAAUGGAAUUUUAUUCGUUCAUUAGCUAAAUUAGUAAAAUCUAUUAAUGCUAGUGGAUUAAUUUAUGUUUCAAACAAAGUUAUUUAUGAAUCUGGUGAAAUUGAUGAUUUACUUAUUAAUAUCCCACAAAAUAUAUGUAUUAUAUUUACUGAUGGUUAUAUUGGAUGUAACGGAUUUUCUGGUAGAUUUGGAAAAUAUGAAGAAGAUAAUAUUAUUCAAAGAGAUGGAGAUAGUUCAGUCAUUGUUCCUAUUCCAUUACCAGAAAUAACACUUGAUCAUACUUCUUAUACAACUCAAUUAAAAACGAUAGACUUGUCUCAAAAAACUUGGAUAUCAUCAGUAGAAACAUCAUAUAAUCUGAAAUAUAUUAAAUUACCAUCUUCAAUCAUUUCAUUAAAAUUAUAUAAUCCUCCUUCAUCUUUACCAAUGAAUUUAGUUCAAUUACAUAUGGAAAAUAUAAAUAAUUCAAUGGUAAAUUUAUCAUGUGCUUCUUUUAAUAAAUUGAUAUUAAAAAAAUGUAAUAUUGAAACAUUACAAGUACCAUCUACAUUAACAUUUUUCUCAAGUAGUUAUAAUACUUUCUUAAAAGUAGGAUUAAAUUGUCAAAUGAAAGAAGCUACUUUUAGUUCAUGUCAAUUACCAAUGUUAUUAAUUCCUACUACAUGUACUUAUUUAAAUGUUUAUUGUUCUCGUUUACCAUUUAUUCAAUUAACUGGUUUAAAACAAUUAGAAGUUUAUAACUCUGAUUUCUCUAAAUUAGCAACAACAACUCGUUUAUCACAAUUAACUGGAUUAACAUUUAUAUCGAAAACUGAACCUGAAUUCAUUUCUUUAAAUGAACUUCCAAUUCUUAAAUAUUCAAAUGCAUUAGUUCAAUGUAAUCUUCAACAUGUUUGUUUCUCUAAAUUUAUUGCUCCUGGAUUAAAACAAUUAACAAUUGAUUUUGUACAACCAGUUCUCAUUUCUGGAAAUAAUAACAAUUCUCUCCUUUCUUCAUCAGAUAUUAAUGAAGAUAGUUUACCUUCAAUUCCAGAAAAAUCAUCUGUUCUUGUUUCACCUUCUUUUACAGUUCCACGUUUAACAGAGUGUUAUUUAAAAGGUAUUUUAUCUUUACAAUCACCAAUAGAUUCAUGGAGAAUUUAUAUUGACGGUUGUAAUGAUAUUGUUUUAGGUGCAACAAAUGGUGUACAUUUAAAAAAUUGUCAUGGUAAAAUUAAUUUUAAUAAUGAAAAGAAUGCAUCAGUUAUUUCAUCACUUUCUUUAUAUAAUUGUUUCUUUGAUAAUAAUAGUUUUCAAAAACUUAAAGCUGUUCAACAUUUACGUAUAUACAUUACUGGUAAUUUUAAAGUUUCUGAAUGGAGGUAUCAAUCUUUUAAUCAAUUAAAUGAUAUUCUUUUAUCAGCUAAAAGUAUCAAUUUAGGGUCUAUUGUUAUUCCUUCAUCUGUUACUUCAUUAUCAAUUACAAGUGAGAAAAAGAAAGGAAAAUUAACUCAAACAACUAUUAAUCAAUUAAAAGUUCUUUCAUUAAAUUAA